AUGUCGGCACCUCUUGCAGUUCCCGCAGCGGGAAGCGGUUUCGUGCGUCGCCUCUCAGCAGUGGAGGCUACCCGCGAGAACAUCAACAUGGGCCCGACCGUCGUUGUUCCCCCACAACAUCUCAUGGCCCCAUCCAAACAGUCGGAGAUUGCCAGCGGCUUUGAGACUGCUAGACGUCACCUCGACGCUGUCGCCCCUGGAUCACCGGAUCUGACACCUCCUGAAACAUCCGUCACGGACAAAUAUGCGUUUGCUUUUGAUAUUGACGGCGUCCUCAUUCGUGGUGGCCGUCCCAUUCCGGAAGCUAUUGAGGCCAUGAAGAUGCUCAACGGUGACAAUGAAUAUGGCAUUCAAGUCCCGUACAUUUUCGUCACCAAUGGUGGCGGCAAGACUGAAGCUGAGCGUUGCAUCCAACUGAGCAAGCAACUAGAGAUUGAAGUUUCGCCUGGCCAGUUCAUUUGCGGACACACUCCAAUGAGGGAGAUGGCCGAGAAGUACGGUACUGUGCUGGUCGUCGGUGGCGAGGGCGAAAAAUGCCGCAUUGUCGCCGAAGGUUACGGAUUCAAGGAUGUUGUAACUCCUGGUGACAUCAUCAAGGACAACCAAGAUACUACCCCUUUCCGCAAGCUUACAGAGGAAGAAUACAACAACUCGCGAACCCGCAACUUUGCUGAGGUUGAAAUCGAGGCCAUUUUCGUUUUCGCCGACUCACGUGAUUGGGCGUCGGACCAGCAGAUCAUUCUUGACCUACUCAUGUCAAAGAAAGGCCGUCUUGGCACGAGGUCCGAGAACUACGACGAAGGCCCACCAGUCUUUUUCUCUCACAACGACGUGGUCUGGAGCGCUUCGCACGACCUUACCCGCAUUGGUAUGGGUGCCCUCCGGGUUUCCUUGGAAGCCAUGUUCAAGGCUGUCACUGGUCGUACCCUCGAGACCACUGCAUUUGGAAAGCCACAAAUCGGCACCUUCCAGUUUGCAACUCGUCUGCUCCAGGAAUGGCGCAAAGAUACCCACGGUAUUGACUCGCCUCCUUCCACUGUCUACUUUGUAGGCGACACACCAGAAUCAGACAUUCGGGGUACCAAUGAAUACAACGAGCAAAACCCCGACGCCAACUGGUACUCGAUCCUGGUCAAGACUGGUGUCUUCCAAGAUGGCACCAAGCCCCGCUUCGAGCCCAAGGCUACAGUAAACACUGUCCUUGACGCUGUCAAGCAUGGCAUGGAGCGCGAGUACAAGAAGGCUCUGAAGGAGAGCAUGAUGGCGACUGGUGUGAUGGAGGAAUAGAUGGUUGACUUUUUGAUUCUCGACAUGUUUUUUUCUUUUCUUAUCUCUGUACAGCAUAGCAUAGGUGUAUGGCGCAUGGGGUCCUGAUAUCUUUCCUUUUACAAGACUAAGAAGAAUAGGCGCUUGUCGCUAUAGAUGAUAAAUUCCUCUUAGAUGACAUGGACUUUACAUGUUCAUGAUACCACAUCAAUCAAGAUGUAAAUUCUUUAUUAUCCCUUCUUUGCAACCCCCCUAAUGAAACGAAGCCAUGAAACACUCGACAUGUUUUGUACUCUCUCUAGUCUAGCACCAAUUACUCUACAACCCUCCUUACCGACACGUACUCAACACACACACACACAAAAGAAAGAAAAAAGCUACCGAGUCUAACAUCACCCCAGGAACAUUCUCCCCCUCCCCAUCCCACUCCCAUAACCUCAUUUUACCCUACAAAAUCCCAUCAUCCCCCGAUUUCUCCAGCAC